GUGUCUUAGGAGCUGCCACCUGUGUACAUUACCUUUAAUACCAGAGAUAACCAAUGAGCUGUUCCCUAGCGGAAUAAAUGCAUCAAAAUGUCGUAUCUCUUACUACUUAUUUUACUUGCGAACUAUGCUUCCUCUUCUGAUGUUCCGAAACUAACGCAAACUGUUUAUGGCUUCUUGGAUUUUACUACAACAAUCGGCAAUACUGUCAUGGUCUUCUCGCCACAAAGUUCUCCUCUAUUUGAAUUAACACCUCAAAAAGCACCGAAGCCUGUGGAAAUUAUCGACACCAAGCCGCACGUUCCUGAAACUAAGGACGGUAAAAAUGGCAUAAAGCCAACACCACUAUCGGGCUCAAGUGUAAAUGAGCAAUCGACAGCGAACUCUUCAAUUGUUAUAAACAGUCGCAUUAGCUUGAUGAAUACGCCAAUCAAUUCCGUUGAUUUCUCUGAAUAUGCUUUGCUUUCUCGGCAACCAGAGGAGUUCGCCGAAGAAACAUAUCGCUUGGUCAAUUUGAAUACGCGUGCCGAUCAUUCCAAGCGAAAUAACAACUAUGGCAAUUCUGCAGGCUUGCUGCAAAGGAAAAAGGAUAGCAUAAGCAGAAACGCGAAUUCCCCAUCGAAAGAAACUGCAAUUAUAACUGCAAAAACUUUGGGCAAACCUACUCAAAUACAUCAGACAACGAGUACUGAGAGAAGAAGCAAGCCUCGACACUCUUCGCCAACUUCAGCGCGAGUAUUGAAAACUAUAACGCCAUCUCUGCCAAACUACAAGACGUCCAUCGAGUCUAACCACGUGUCUACGAAGAGUACUCGGAAAAAUAGUCGUGUUUCUGGCGAAAAAAGAAAAUUGUCGAGGAACAAGGGCAAGAGAAGGAAUAAGUCGACGCAGUCGUCUGUGAUUCAAGUAACGCCUUCGCAGGUGGAGACAAGUUCUCGUCGCUCAUACAGAACCAAAACGAAUCUAAUUUCUGACGAUAACAUAACAAAUUUCAAUCCAAAUACUUUGAAGUUGAAUAGGCGUCCAGGUCGUUGGCAAUAUAAAUCGUCACCAAAGCCCAAAGUGAAUAUUAGGAAAAGCUCUAUGAAUAAUGCGAGAAGUGAACCACAAACUGAGCCUCUCAAAGACAUUGACCCAAUAUUGGAAGCAGGUGAAAACAAUCAGCAAAUUCAGAAGACAAUUGACCUCAACAGGGACUUGGAUGCUGUAGGCUCACAAAACACUAUUGUGGCCGAUAAUGAUGUGAUAAAGCCCAACAAUUUCGUGCAAACUUUAAAUGUCGAAAUCUCAACGCCGAGCAAAUUUGAGGAUACUUACUAUGAAAUCGCAACUAUCAAAAGUCCAUACGUUUUUCAGGCUGGAGUUGUGAAAAAAACGCGAUUUGUGACCGUAACUUCUACUUUGGAGAAAACUAUUAAAACUGAUCAAAUUGAAGAGUACUCGGAGCACGAUGGACCGUUAACUGAAAAUAUUUUGGAGUCGACAGUUCAGAUGGUAAAGCCAUCGUUGGAUGGAGUUGUUACCACCUUGAAGCCUAUUCAUUAUACAGAUAGCCUUGAAACGCCGGAGCUUGAGACAAUAACGGAAUCAUUUUCAUUUACCCAAACCAAACUAAAAACGCAAAUUUUGCCAAUCAUUAAUGAUAAACUAAACGAAACAUCGCAUAUGACUUUAGUGCAAACUUAUGAUUAUACAAGCUUUGUGACUGUAACUCAGACGAUUUCGCCGUUCCGCGAUAAUUUUGUUCCUGCCAAGAACUUUAAAGACUUUGAGGGUAUUUUGGAUGAGGCAGGCUCUGAAAUUAACUUAGACCUGGAAUUUGGCGAUGAAAACAACGCUGGACAGUUUGAGGUUAAGCCGAAUGCAAAUAAAAACGAUUUUAAUGGCAUCUCAAAUGUUACAAAUGCGAUAAAUCCCAUUGACUCUGAACUGCUAAGUAAACCAGAAAUCAAACCCGAAAUUCUUGGCCAAGGUAAUAGUGUUAUAACUACCACACGUCCAAUCAUCAAGGUUGAUACAGUUUGGGAGUCAUAUGUUAUACCACUCGUACGGGGUACCGAAAGCAUACUAAGAACCUUGUCGAAAUCUGUUGGCGAAAUUAAGAAAACUGAAUUUGUUACAGAGGUGUCCACAAUUUCGUUGCCAGUGCCUCCAAUGUCACAAUAUCCAUAUUCCAUAAAUCCAUUCUAUAAUCCCUUGUUGGGAAUUCCUCAGCCUCAAUUAAUUACAUCGACUUCGAUUUAUGAAACUCUCAUUACAGCCACCAGUAGUAAAAUUCUUAAGCUAACAUUUGGUGCAAGAACUGCCUAUACUACAUUAUUUUCAACUUCUGUUGUUCCAACGGCAGUCUCAAAAUUGGUAACAGCCACAGUUCCGAUUCAAAACUCUGGAUCAUUCCAAAACUACUAUCCUCCCCCAUAUCCCCCAUUCGCCUAUGUUGGUUAAAGUGCUCGAAUUUAUUUUUCCAAAUCAAAACACAAAUCAAAUAAUACUCUUAAAAAUUAAGUAUUUACAAGGUUUGGCUUCUCAUUAUAAGGAUAUUCAGACUAAGUGAGGUUAGACGAAUUUCAUUAUCCCAAUGUGCAGUAAUCGGAUUACCGAGCUAGAAACCUAAACUACUAUAAAGCGUGUAACGCAAAAUCUUUAUAUAUUUUUCUCCAUGUGGACACAUUACUCAAAUACAAGUUCAUAAGAAAUACAUAGAAUAAUGUAUUAUUCACGCAUAUGUAUGAGGCUCAGCCAUAAAAACUCUUGACAAUUUCGCCAAAUUUGUUAUACACAAGUAUUCGGAAACCCAUGCCUCCGAUAACAUAAAGAAUCCAUAAAAACAUAUUUUUCACUUGAAAUUUCAGUAAAAUAUCUA